UUAAAGCACAGUAAAUAAACAUUUGAUAAAUAUUUUGUUGUUAUUGUGAAAUAAAUGGCGUCUUCGAUCUUUACUUAAAAUCACAGGAAGCAACUACAAAAUUCAUUUCAGCGAAGAACAAUAUGGCGUCUCAAGCUUUCUGUGACCCAUGUUCCGAAGAAGACAAGUCUUCAUUUGCGACGAGAUAUUGUGCUGACUGUGAAGAACAACUUUGUAAAGAUUGCGCCGAAUCUCACCUGCGCUUCAAAGCGUUCAAAUCACACCAUGUGAUUGAUUUGUCGACAAUUGGCUCCACAAUUCAUGUUCCUGAGUCUGCAAAGAAAUAUUGUAACAUUCAUGUUGAUAUAUUAUUGGAUUAUUACUGCACUGAUCACGAAUCUGUGUGUUGUCGUGUCUGCAUUCCGGACUGUCACAGACUAUGUGAAAAAGUGUUACCUUUAGACCAAGCGGCAAAGGGUGUAAAAAACUCUUCUUUAUUUGUGGACAUCUUUAAAGAUAUAACACACAUUGUAGAAACUUUGGAUCAUCUUCUUGCGAAUAGGGAACAAAACCUUCAAUUGCUUGAACAGAAUAAAAUAACAAUUACAGAGCAAAUACGCAUGCUCAAAAUUCGGUUGAUAAAACACAUUGAUGACUUAGAGUGCGAUCUGGUAGCGAAGGUUGUAACAAUGCAAGAGAAAAAUGAAGCUGAGAUCCAGAAACAAAAAGAUGACAUAUCAAAGUUGUCAACGACUCUCUCUGACAGUAAAAACGAACUUGAGUUUCUGAAAAAUCAUGGCUCAAACAACCAACUUUUUCUAGCUUUACGCGAAAACGUUUCUGAAAUUCAAAAAGCGGAGAGCAAACUUGAUUACAUAAUUUCGUCCACAAAACAAGUUGAAAUAAAGUUUUAUGAAAGAAAAAAUCUAAAUAUGGGUUCCAUAGGAUCAGUUAUCGAUAGGAACCGAUCGUGUAGUGUCCAGUACCGACCAUUGAGGAAUCAGAAAGCGCAAGCACAGCCAUAUACAGCAAAGCCGUUAAUUGAAUUUAAGAGUGGUGUAAAAUUAAAUUUGAAAUCCGGUGAAAAUUAUUAUUUGACAGAUUUAGUCGUUACUCGCGAUAAUAAACUACUACUUUGCAAUUAUAACCCGUCAUAUCCAAAAGUUUAUGUAUACAGUGAGUGCAAGUAUUUUGAGAAGGAAAUGACAUUCCCGAGUGAUCCAUUUGGUAUAGCAUUGAUUCCACACUCGAGUAAAGCGGUUGUGACAAUGCCAUUGGCUAAGUCCGUACAAUUUAUCGACACCGCUUCCAUGACAAUAGGAAAUCAAGUACACGUUUGGUUUGCUUUUAAUGGCGUUGCGGCGACCGAAGAUAAAAUAUUUUGUGGCGAUGAACAAGGAAGCAUUCAUGUAUUAGAUACAAACGGAUUGUACCAGUCUAAAAUACCAUGUUGCAGAUCGCCUAUUUAUUUCAUUGUAUAUAACGCACUUAACAGUCAAUUGCUUGUUCGCAGUAGAGGUGAUUUACGUUGUGUAAAAUUAGAUGGGACGCCGGUAUACCGGUAUAACAAAAUUUCCGGAGUAGCCGGUAUAACGAUGGAUAGACAUGAAAACGUGUACUUGGCUGGGUAUAAUACCCAUAGUAUACUGAGACUUUCUCCAGACGGUAAAUUUCACGAUACUGUCUUAAGAAAAGACGAUGGCAUCUCCUAUCCUUAUAGUGUGACAUUUAGUAGGGAUUUCUGUAAACUUGUCGUUUUAAAUAACAGUCACAAGUCUGUCGUGUUUUAUAGAUUUAAGUGAUUACAAAAGUCAUCAAGUUUUGAAGUAUGUUUUACUCGGCUUUUUCAAUUUCCAUGCAUCCAGAUGUUACGCUUUCUAUUUCCGGUAUUUUAUAUAUCAUAUAUGUUUAUUUAUGGACUAAAAUAAACAUGUGUUUGUAAAACAAAGGAUAAAUAAAAUUGUAGAAAAACACA